AUGGGUGAUGCUGCAUCCCAGUUCUUGACAGCAUCUGCUGCUGUAUGCCAGGCGGCCUGGGCCCUCCAUGGCGAGCAUCCCGCACAGAAGCAUGUUCUGGCUGACUUGUUCUCGAACCUCCGCGAUGCCAUUCGGUCGCUGCUCGACACCAAAGGGGUCAUUACAGGUGCAGUCGAUGCUCUUUCUCAUGCGUGUCGCAAAGUGGCAUGCGAUCUUGCCAUACGUCUUGAUCGCGCUCAGGAUCUUCUUGUUCAUGGCCCCGCCAAAGACUCCCGACUCCGCGAGGUAUGGCCGCUGGAAGUCAUCGAAGCUCUCGCAACACGGCUUGUUGCCCUCAUGCGCCAAUUCCAAGCUGUAAACCCUGGGUCUGAUAUCCUCGGAGACGAACAAGCUCUCUCGCGCCUUAGGUUCAAGACAUCACCCCAAACACAUCAGACAGAGAGAAACGAAGAUCCGCAACCAAGUCUAUCCGAGUCGCAGUCUCCCCCAAAGACCUUCAGCUCUCUCCCGGAGAGCAUAGCCAUAAAUGUGAGUGUGCUCAAGUCCAAGAAUUCUUCACAGCCCGUCUACGCUCCAGCUGGUCUCCUCAAUGAAUUCAUUCUCGACACUUUGGCGUUCAAAGGCAUGUAUGACCGGGAAGAAAGUGUUGCCAAAGCACAUAAGAAGACAUUCGAAUGGAUCUUCGGAGCAGAUGGUUGCCAGGACCCGAACAAGGAUGGCUUUCGACACGAUUUUGCUGCAUGGCUCGAAACCAGCGAUCACGGGCCCAUAUACUGGAUGACAGGCAAGCCAGGGUCUGGUAAAUCUACCCUCAUGAAGUAUCUCUACGAACACCCAACGACACAGACUUUGCUUCGGAAAUGGGCAGGUGUAUAUCCCGUCUCGACCGCAGGAUUCUACUCCUGGGCCAGUGGCAGCAGGGAGCAGCGGUCCAAAAGCGGACUGCUCAGAUCUCUUUUGUACCAGUUGCUGUCAGCCAAUCCCCAUCUCAUGCCUCGUGCUUUCCCCAAGCUUUGGCACAAAAUCCGCACUAUGACCUCCAAGGAGAGAAUCGCCCUCCAUCUCGAAUGGGACUCGGAUGAGCUUCUGGACGCCUUUCGACUAUACGUGGAUGCGGCUUCGCCGGAAUUGAAAACAUGUCUCUUCAUUGACGGUCUUGAUGAGUUCGAGGAAGAUCACCAGGCACUCAUCAGCUUCUUCCAAAAUCUCGGCCAUGGCAAGAACGUAAAAAUGUGUCUCUCUUCGCGUCCCUGGGAUGUGUUCGAAGUAGCAUUCCAAGCUACAGGACCUAGUGUCAAAUUACACGAAAUCACGAAGAAUGACCUGUAUCAAUAUGCCGCUGAUAGGCUAGGAGAAAGCGCUAUUGUUCGUCGCGUUCUCAAGCGUGAUAGCCAAGGGACAGAGGCAUUGUAUCAGAUGACAGUUGAACGAGCAGAUGGGGUCUUCUUAUGGAUUAAGCUAGCUUUGAACGAUAUUCUCAAAGAGUUUGAUCCUGAAUUUGGUGUUUCAGGAUUGAAAAAAAAGUUGGAUCAACUUCCGACAGAGCUGGAAGGGUUGUACGAAAAGUUCUUGUUUCAGGAUCAAUCCGACGCUCAACUCGCCGAGACGGCAAGUUUUCUCUUCCUCAUCGAAUCCCGAGAGAUGGUGGCCGACUUCGUCAACGACGUAUCAGCAAGCUCUCUCACGGUAUGGGAACUAGCCUUUGCGCUUGAACAAGGUGACGACGACUAUGCAGCCGACGGGGAGGUGUCAAAGGUAUCUGACAAAUUUGUCCAUGAACGCUGUAACGGCACUAAAGAACGCAUGCUGCAACGGUUUGCUGGACUUCUAGGUCUUCAGGGGAAGCAAACUCAAGACCGCCUGCGCACUCAAAGGUUCGCGGACAGUAACGAAGUCGAAGGUGCAUCUAUACGCCAACUGGCAGACAGCAAAGUUACCUUCAUUCAUCGCACAGUACGCGACUGGCUGCGAAUUGACCAUGUCCAUAGGCGGCUUGAACAGAGGAAACCAGCUGCCUUCGAUCCCCAUUUGCGGCUAUUACGAUCAUACGUGCUCCGGCUCAAGAGACCCAUGGAAGAAGUCGAGCAUCACCGACGAUUUGACGAGUGGUGGCCGGACGUGGCUCUCGCCAUGACUCACUCCAGGUAUAUUGUGGACGAUGCGAGGAAGCUGCAACGCCGGUUUCUAAACCAGCUCAAUAAAACUCUAUCGUGGCUGUGGGAUGCCAAUGCGAAUCCCCACGACCAUUGGGCUGCCAAAGCGUUCGGAUUCUUCCACGUUCGGAAGAAGGCGCCGCCAAUAUGGCACCCUUUCCUCUGUUUAGCCACCAAGUUUGGCCUAACAACCUACGUUUCGGAAGAAUUAGACGCAUGCAUGUUGCAGGACAGCCACGGUGUUCUCGGUGUAGACGAAAAAGCCACUCCUCUGCUCACCUAUGCAACCGAGUUUCUAUGCUCGCGAGAGAGGACCAUUUACCCCUUAUCGGAUCCCUGCAUGAUUCGGAAUCUCCUCGAACGGCCUCAUCGCAUUAACCCUGGGCCGAACCACGAGUACACUGACUUUGAAACAAGAGCUCCCAUGACCUCCUGGGUGGCCCUUCUAAGGCAUCUCCGAAAUGCGCGCCGCCGGCGCAAGAUAGAAUAUUUUGACACGGACCCAAACGGCACUGCACGGUGGGCAGAGAUUGUACGCCUCUUCUCGCAGAGUGGUGCGGACGUUGAUGCUGUUGUUGCCGCGGAUCCUUGGGAUGCGGAAAUAUCGACGGUGGGCAUUAUCGAGUUGUUGGCCGACACAUAUUGUGCGGUAGAGCUGGAAGAUAUCAAGCGCCUGAUCGUGGCCAUUAAAAGCAGACACAACAACAGCCACACUCCCUGA